AUGACAUCUAAGCACACUCCACAGAAGAUCCCCCGCCUCACACCGUCCACCGAUACUCUCACCUCGUCGCAGCGAUGGCAAGCCAUCACCAAUCGCGACCCAACCAUCAACAGCUUCGUCUACGGAGUACUGACAACCAAGAUCUACUGCCGCCCAUCCUGUGCCGCUCGCCUGGCACGCCGCGCCAACGUCCAAUUCUACGACACCCCCUCUCAAGCCGAGGAAGCCGGAUUCCGAGCCUGCAAGCGCUGCCGGCCCCAAGCGGGAGGCACAGCGCUUGCGAACCAUCCACAAACCGCGAUCGUGGCAAAGGCAUGCGAAACAAUCCAGGCAGAGGUAGCGGUAGGGCUGAAGCCGCGAUUGCAAGAUCUGGCGGCUCAAGCUGGCUUGACGCCCAGCCAUUUCCAUCGCGUGUUCAAGAAACGGGUGGGCGUUACGCCGGGUCAGUAUGCGAGUGGUCUCGUCCAAGGGGAUACGUGGUCUUCGUCGGAGUAUUGCACUCCUGAGACUACGUUGUCGGAGGGUGAAACACCGUCUUUGGACUUUUUGGAUGAGAGUGGGAAGGGGGUUCUCAAUUUAGAAGCGGGUGGAAGUCUUUUGAGUGCUUUGUGGCCUGGGGACGGCUUUUCGGUCGUUGGGGACGAACCGCCGGUCAUUAUGGAUGCUGUUUGGAAUGACUUUGAUGCGUUUUUGGCGGCUGAGCCUGGGCAUAUCUCGUCCAUAGAGGAUUCGCCGCUCGUUGUUGACCCCCAGGUGACAUUGGUUGCAGCAUCGGGGAAGUGA